AGCGCGGUAUAUAAACGCUAGUUACUGCCAGUGAGCAUUCAAUUUAUUUUAAACGACGUUUGAAAGCAACCAUGGCUUAUCCGAAUUAUUUUCCAAAACUCCUCAUUCUCAUUUGUAUGGGCAUAAGUGUCAUACAAGCUGGCAGCUCUUCCAGUUCUAUUGUUAAAGGGUCUUUGUUACCAAGUCCACGGAUAUUGAAUGCACGUGUUGCCGCCAGUGGUCAGUUUCCCUACCAAGUUUCGGUACGCGUAGGUGGACAACAUAAUUGUGGUGGCGUUAUAAUUUCUCAAAAUUAUGUACUAACUGCAGCGCAUUGUGUAUACAGUUUCCGUACAUCUCAGCUAACAGUACAGGCGGGUUCGAUUAAUCGCACUGAGGGUGGUGUAGUUGCCGGUGUAUCAAAGAUUACACCUCACGAAGAAUUUUACUUUUACAACAAUGAUAUCGCCUUACUUAAGCUUAACAUUUCACUCGAGUACAGCGAUCUUAUACAACCAAUACCGUUAGCUGCUAUUUUGCCACCCGCUGGUGUACAGGUUACUGUGUCUGGUUGGGGACGUAUUCGUGAAGCUGGUCCACUUUCUGAUACACUGCUGUACGCCAGAAAUCUGUUCGUUUUGAAAACUGAAGCUUGCUCUAAAUUUGUGGGUUCGAGUACACUCCAGAUACUUUGCCUGCAAAAGGUACUCGGAAAUGGAAUUUGUGAUGGAGAUGAUGGUGGUCCAGCUGUUUAUCAAGGCUUUUUGAUUGGCCUUGCCAGUUAUCACUCAAAUGGAUGUGGCAAUAAUAACCCGGAUGGCUUUACUAAGAUACCAUACUUCAAAAGAUGGAUAGUGGAAAACUCUGAUUUGGAUUCCGAAAUUGCUGGAUAAAAGUGAAGGACAUGUACGUUUUCAACAUUUUAUUAAGGAAUGGGAAUAAAAAUAUAAAUAAUUGUAUGAACAUUCAUU